GCUUCCCCACUGCAUGCAAAAUAUUUCUUAGUAUUAAGAGUAGUUCCUGUCAAGUUUCUGUUUUGAUGAGCCAAAGCGAAGAUGUGGAGACUUCAAAACCUGCUCUUCACCCUCUGCGUUGCUCUGGGAUGUGUGAUCAGUGCAAGAGGGGUGAUACUUGUGACUGGAUAUGUGGGGGGGAAGGUAAAUGUUUCCUGCGCCUAUGGUCACGGUUAUGAGUCUUAUGAGAAGUACCUGUGUAAGGAUGUCUGUGGUGACAAUGAUGUUCUUAUUACAACAUCCCAACUAAAAAACCUCAAAUACUCAGCCUGUGAUGACAAAAAGGCUCGAACCUUCACAGUGACCAUCUCUGAUCUUACAUCUGAGGAUGCUGGGAAAUACUGGUGUGGAGUAACCAGAACGGGACAAGAUAUCUACACUGAAGUGAAGCUGAAAUUAGCACCAGACAGCUGCUGUGACACUGUGACCAAAAUCCAAAGUUAUGAGGGAUAUUCAGAGGACAUCAUUUGUUCGUAUGAGCCUCGGUACCAGAACUACCUCAAGUACAUCUGCAGAGGAAACCGGUCCUCCACAUGUCUGGAACAGGCACUAAUCACCUCUGACAACAAACAAAAUGGUAGAAUCAAAUUUAAUGAUGAUAAGGGGUCAGGAAAAUUCACAAUGACCAUCACCAGUUUAACCCAAAGUGAUUCAGGAACAUACCUUUGUGGUGUCCAAAAAAACUCUGUCCUGGAUGUUUUUUCUGCUGUUGAACUGAACGUCAAAGAGUGGUGCUGUGUCAAUCCAAACACAGCAAGUGGAACUGCAGGAUAUCCACUAACAUUUCAGUGCCCUUAUCCUUCACAACAUCAUGAUAAUAGCAAGUUUCUCUGCAAAGGAGACCACCGCAACAAUUGUACAAAUGUGACGAAUCAAAGCAGGUUCACAGUGCAAGAUGAUGGUUUUUCCCACUUUUUCUUGGUGAUGAUCACAGAGCUGGAAACAGCUGAUGCUGGGACAUACUGGUGUGGGUCAGACUCACAGUGGAGAGUUGAAAACUACACUAAGGUUGAGCUGUCAGUGGAAGCGGUGCACUACGCAGUUUACACUGUUGUCCCUGUGGUUUUACUAAUAUGUGUCCUAGUUAUUAUUUAUAAGUACAAAUGUCACAAUGUGAGAGAAACUGAAGCUGUCAUGAACAGAAAUCCACCCAAAGCAGAAGAUGUGAUAGAUGCAGAAGAAGGCGGAAUUUAUGGAAAUCAAGAAUUUGUGGUGACCUUCAAACAGCAAAGCGCCUUGAACCACUUGGAUGAUCCAGGUGGAGAUGAACCAGAUUACAAAAACUUUACAACUGAAGAAUUCUACUGCAAUGAAAAUUACCAUAAAGCUAACAAAAGAUAAAUAUAUAUUCAAACUGUGGGUCUUAAGUUAAUACUGUCAUGGUCCUGGGACUUCUGACCCGGUGUUUUGAGUUUUGACGUUCUGUAUUUAGUUCGUUUGUAUUCCAAAGAUCCCUAGGUUGUCUGUUCAGUAUAGUUUAUUAGAUUUCCCCUUGUGUCUUUGCCCUCUGUCUCCCUUUUGUGUGUCUGUGUUUAUUUAGUUCUUAGUUCCUGUGCCUUGUUUCCCUUUGUGUUUUAUUCCAUGUUUUCCCAGCCUGUUAAUGUCUGUGCUCUCCCCAUGCUCCUGUCUGCGUCUCCAUGUUCUUCUUGUGUUACAUUUAAGGUCUGCGUCUUGGGUCAGUAUUUUCAGUUCUGUGUCCUCCCUGUCUUGUUAUGCGUAACUGUCCUCAGCUGUGCUCCCCGUGUGUUCCCACGACCCUCAUUACCUUCUGUGUAUUUAUAUCAGAAUUUCCCUCUGUUCCGUGUCGCGUUGUCCCUCAUGCUGUGUGUUCCCUUGUGUGCCUCUCUGUGAGGUUUAGUUUAUAUUUUUCCCAGCUCAGUUUAAUGUUGUAUCUUUUCCUGUAUCAGCAAA